AUGUCGGAGUGGCAUGGAUAUGCUGACCCUCGGGCAUACCAGAGACCUGGGUGCUGGCACCAACUCCGGGUGGUAGACCUGGACGCUGGCUUUGGCUCCGAGCAGCCAAAAUAUGGCGGCAAGUUUUGCGUCGGGGAACGAAAGCGCUUCCGGGUUUGCAGCUUGAAGCCCUGCCCAGCGGACCGGCUGCCUUUCCGUCACAUCCAGUGCAGCCAGUUUGAUGCCAGGCCCUACAAAGGGAAACUCUACAAGUGGACCCCAGUCCCUAAUACCAUCAAUCCGUGCGAACUGCACUGUCGCCCGGAGAAUGAGUUCUUUGCUGAAAAGCUCCGCGACGCGGUCAUCGAUGGGACGCCUUGUUACGAUGGGAACUCCAGCCGGGACGUGUGCAUCAAUGGGAUCUGUAAGAAUGUCGGCUGCGACUUUGAAAUCGACUCCUACGCAGUGGAGGACCGGUGUGGCGUGUGUCAAGGGGAUGGGUCCACUUGUCAAACCGUCAAGAAGACCUUUGAGAAGAGCGAGGGGCGGGGCUAUGUCGAUGUUGGGCUGAUCCCAGCUGGAGCGCGAGAGAUUCAGAUUGAGGAAGUGGCUGAAGCAGAGAACUUCCUGGCUUUGAGAAGCGAGGAUCCGGAAAAAUACUUCCUGAAUGGCGACUGGACCAUCCAGUGGAAUGGCGAUUACCAGGUGGCCGGGACAACCUUCACCUACGAGCGAACAGGAAACUGGGAGAAUCUCACUUCUCCAGGCCCCACGGAGGAACCUGUCUGGAUUCAGGUACGUGGAGGAGGGUCAGAAUGGGCCCAUGACUGAGGAACCAGGCGGGGAGGGGGAGGGCGGUUCUGGGGUCUGUAUUGUCCA